AUGACAACAGCUGACGAUAACAUCGAGACAUUCAGUCUGAUCUGGCUUGAUGCAGCAGUUAACACAGCAAAAGAAAACGUUAGGGCUCAAUCAGAACUUCGUGGAAUCAUUAAUUAUCUCAAAGUAUUUGAAAAUGUUGAAAAAUGCGAAAAAUACAUUCGAAAGUCUCACGAGUCUGAUCGAAUUGUGGUCAUCGUCAGUGGUGGUUUGGGACAAGAAAUCGUACCUCGGAUUUAUAAACUCCGACAAGUUUGUGCCAUUUAUGUCUACUGCAUGAACAAAAAUAAAAAUAAGAAAUGGGCUAGUGAAUAUCCAAAAAUCAAAUUAAUAACUACAGAUCUCGAUAACCUCAUUCGUCGAAUAGAAAAAGAUCAUGUCAAGACGAAAAAAAAGGAAGAGCAACUCGCGAUUACCUUCUUGGAACGCGAUUCAGUAGCAGGUCGGUCGUCACUCGGUCUCAAUGGGCAAUAUCUUCAAUUUGAACUAUUGAUGGAUUCCCUUCUUCGUAUAGACGCCACUGAAGAAGAUAAAAAAGAACUAAUUUCGAUUUGUAAGAAAAAGUACAAAGAAAACAAAAAAGAACUUCAUAACGUUCGUGAAUUUAAGGAUAAUUACAAACCUGGUAAAGUCUUAUGGUGGUAUACACGGGAAUCAUUUCUAUAUAGAAUGUUGAAUAAAGCAUUACGAGUACAAGACACCAAAUUGCUUUAUCUUCUGCGAUUCUUCAUCUUCGAUCUUUGGAAAGCAAUUGAAAAGCAUCGAUGUUCAACACCCAUUCGCACUUACCGAUCUCAGUCGAUAUCGGAGGAUGAAUUCCGUGGAUUAUCAAAUUCAAUCGGAAAAUUGAUUUCGAUGAGCUCAUUUUUUUCAACAAGUCUAGAUGCAAAGAAGGCCCUCGACUUUGUUGAUACUACGGAUGGCCUUCGACAAAUUUUCUUUGAUAUUGAUGCUGAUCCUCGAAUUAAGGGUGUCAAACCAUUUGCUGAGGUCAGUGCACAUAGUGCUCAUCCGGAUGAAAGAGAAGUGCUCAUGACAGUCGGAUCCAUCUAUCGCAUUCUUGAUAUUAGUCGUGGUGAUGGUAAAGUUUGGACGAUCAAAAUGCGAUUGUGCAGCGAAGAUGAAAAUAAUAUGCGAAGCACUUUAGAACACAUGAAAAUGGAGAAUCUUGUCAAAGGUCACGAACAGAAACGCCUCUUGUUCGCCGCACGGUUGAUGCAAAUGAAUAAACUCAACGAAGCCGAGAAACAUCUUAUUCAUUUGUACGACACACUGCCUCGUGAUCAUAAAGAUAUUGUACUUUUGUAUUCUAAAUUCGGAGAUCUCGCAUUCGAAAAGGACGACUUCGCAGCAAGUCUCAAGUGGCAUCAAAAAGCAUUAAAGCGAAAAAAUGAAACCCUCCAACAGGAUGAUACUAAUCUUGCCGAAAGCUACAACAGUAUUGGGAAUGUCUAUGCAAAGCAAAAUGCUUAUAAAGAAGCAUAUGAAUCAUAUAAGAAAGCUUUGGAGAUCUGGAAGCAAGCGUUUGGUGAAGAACACUUGGCCAGUGCCACGAGUCUCAGUAACAUAGGUAAUGUCUUCAAUCAAGAGAAACGAUACGCUGAAGCAUUGCAAUGCCAUAAUAAGGCAUUGAUGAUUCGUAAAAAAUUCCUUCCUUCUGAUCAUCCAGACGUGGCUGCAUCGUUGAACAAUGUGGGCCUUAUCUACCUAUGCAAUAGUCGCUGGCAAGAAGCGCUGCAAUAUUUCGAACAAUCGCUUGCCAUUAAAGAAAAGUCUCUUUCAUUCCAGCAUCCAUUAAUUGGGGCAACAUGGGAGAGCAUGGCCUUCGUGUACGAACAGAAGCAGGAAUUGCACAAAGCACUAAUUUAUUACAAAAAAGCGGCUGAUUGUUAUCGUCUUAGAUUUGGACCCACCCAUCGAAAACAUGUAAAUGUUGAAAAAAGCAUUCAGCGUGUUGAAUCUAAGAUGAAACAAAAGUAA